CGCUGACCUAGGCCUAGCCAGUUAGCGAGGAAUUGUGCCGUCAUCAUUAUCAAGCACCCUGGUUGGAAUUAUCAACCAGUACUCAUCACUCAGCGGGGAGGUAGGGAUACCGAAGGUAGAGAAAGUACUUGGAGCUUUGGACCCCGCCUUCAAUUCGACUCGAUAGAUACUUGCAAUUUUACUGCACAGCGCUUUUUGUUGAAGAACUAUUUAAUGCUCCUCUGUUCCCGCUUCGGUACAGGUACAGUUACAGUGCAGAGAAAUUCGAACUUGAUAUCUGGGUUUAGGAAGGGAAGAUUUGAUUACAAGGGAUUUUCGAGUAGGAGCUUGGGAAAGAUGGCAGCAGAAAAGAUCACCAACUGGGUAGCUCCCAAUGACAAGAGCGGAGAGUUCAAGAGAGGACAAUCGCAAUUCCGGAAUUUCAUCAAGAAGGGAGGGGAGUUUCCACCGGAGGCGGGGAGAUAUCAUCUCUAUGUCUCCUACGCCUGCCCGUGGGCACACCGCACCCUGAUCGUCCGCCAACUGAAAGGUCUCCAAGACAUCAUCCCUUUCACGUCUGUCCACUGGCACAUGCAAGAGCUGGGCUGGCACUUCGCAUCCUCGCCCAACGCGGACAAUUCUCCCGGCGAGAACGUCCGACCUGAUCCUGUCAAGGGCCAUGAAGGCUACAAGCAUAUCCGGGAUGUGUACUUUGAGGUCGAUCCGGAGUAUAAGGGGCGGUUUACGGUGCCGACGCUGUAUGAUGUGAAGCAGGGGAAGAUUGUUAGUAAUGAGAGUAGUGAGAUUAUUAGGAUGUUUUAUACGGAGGCAUGUCUUUCCCCCUUUCAUCUCCUCAAAUUAUUCAAGGACGAUAUAUGGAAGCGGUCUGUUCAAAGACUAAUGUAUCUUCUCGGACAGUUCGACGACCUCCUCGCCCCCGAAUACAAGAACGUAUCCCUCUUCCCCUCUGCCCUCCAAUCACAGAUCGAAGCUACAAACGAAUGGACCUACAACGACAUCAACAACGGUGUCUACAAGUCUGGAUUUGCAACCACACAAGAGGCGUACGAGAAAGCCGUCAAGACGCUAUUUGGUAGUCUAGAUAAGGUUGAGAAGCAUUUGAGUGAGGUGACAGAUGGACCGUUUUACUUUGGGAAAGAGAUUACGGAGGCGGAUGUUAGGCUUUAUACCACGAUUGUGAGGUUCGAUGUGGUUUAUGUGCAGCAUUUCAAGACCAACCUCCGCACCAUCCGCGCCGACUACCCCUACAUCCACAAGUGGCUGCGCAACCUCUACUGGAACAUCCCGGCGUUCAAAGACACAACUGAGUUCACGCAUAUCAAGAAUCAUUACACCAAGAGCCAUACUCAGAUCAAUCCGUUCAGUAUCACGCCUCUGGGACCGGAACCGCCGAUCUUGAAGGUUGAUGAGGAGGUCCCGGCCGUGGCGUAUGCGUUGAAGAUGACGGGGAAGAAGUAGAAGGUGCUUGGGAGCUGGUGAGGUGAUUAGGAAGGGGAUGUGUAUACCUAGGUAGCUAGUCGAGUAACGGACCGCUUUAUAUUCUGAACUUUCUAAUGAAACCUAUUUCUCAAAUUUAAUGAUGCGGG